GAAGGGUGAAGUAAAGAGCUGGGAAGUUGAUUGGUGAAAGAGAUUAAGGGCUGGAAAACACGGAAUCCGAUUAGGUGUUAAGCCACCCUACAACCAACUCCACAAGCCCUGUAAUGCAGAGAUGAAAUAAUGACCAACUGCUGCUUGAAUAUUCUGACUUUCAGGAUUAAAAAAUGUCCACCUUUAAAAAUCCACGGUGGCUGGGAUCCUGUUGGAGUCCAUGAUCUACAGCUGCACUCAAACCACAGUUCUUCAUGGCAGUGGGUUCCCACUCUCAGAGCUCGCUGAGCGGCCGUUUUCAAUAUCUCCAGCAGUGGCCUGGAAGAUGUGGCCAGGGGGUACCCCUGUGGACCCGAUUCCUCGCUGGUGUCGGCAACUAAAGAGCUGCGGGAGAUCGGAACAUCAAGACAGCAUGUGCAGCUGUUGGAAGCCUCUGCUCUCGAGCAAUCGCUAUCUCUCAAUGGUGAAGGAACAUGAAAUGAAAGCAAUGUGGUAGACUGUAAUAUCAAAACAGCGAGCUCUUGGUCUUCCCUGUCACUGUGACUGAUAACCCUCUCUCCCUUGUUAGUGAGAUAGAUGUGUUUGCUGAGGCAGGUGGGGGAGGGUUGAUACUUUGCUGCUGUUUGUGCGUCGAAGGGGGAGAGGAGCUACAAUUCAUUCAUUGGGUUUUUGUUUCUGUUUCAUGGAUGUCUGUGGAGAGUAAGAAUUUCAGGUUGCAUAAUGUAUACUUUUUCCUAUAUUAUAUAGAACCAUUGAACCUUUUUGAGCAAGGAUGUAAUGCUGAGGCUUUAUAAGAAUGUUGUCAGAUUGCACUUAGAGUAUUGUGAGCAGUUCUGCGCCUGUAAUCUAUGAAAAGAUGUGCUGGCAUUGGAGGAUGUAGAGGAGGUUCACGAGAAUGAUUCUGGAUAAGAAAGAUAUUGCGUCUACAAUAUCCUGAAGUGGAAGGUGAACAGCCAGAGGUCGUGGUACAUAUUGGUGCCAAUGACAGGGUAGGAAAAGGGAGCAGGUCCUGCAAACAGACCACAGGGAGCUAGGAAGGAAGUUCAGAAGCAGGACCUCAAAGGUAGUCAUCUCAGGAUUACUGCCUGUGCCACACGACAGUGAGUAUUGGAAUAGAGUGAGGUGGAGAAUAAAUGCGUGGCUGAAGGAUUGGAGCAGGGGGCAGGGAUUCAGAUUUCUGUAUCAUUGGGACCUCUUUUGGGAAAGGUGUGAACUGAACAAAAAGGACGGGUUGCACUUGAAUCCGAGGGGGACCAAUAUCCUAGCAGGGAGGUUCGCUAAGGCUAUUGGAGAGAGUUUAAACUAGAAUUGCUAGGGGGUGGAAACUGAACUGAAGAGACGGAGGAAGGGCCGGUUGGCUCAUAAAUAGAGGAAGCUUGUAGACAGUGUGAGAGGGAGAAUAGGCAGGUGAUAGAGAAGGGAUGCGCUCAGACUGAUGGUUUGAAAUGCGUCUAUUUUAAUGCAAGAAGCAUCAUGAACAAAGUGGAUGAGCUUACAGCAUGGAUCACUACUUGGAUCUAUGAUGUUGUGGCCAUUACAGAGACUUGCAUAGCUCAAGGGCAGGAAUGGUUACUUAGAGUGUCAGGCUUUAGAUGUUUCAGAAAGGACAGGGAGGAAGGCAAAAGAGCUGGGGGCAUGGCACUGUUAAUCAGAGAUAGUGUCACAGCUGCAGAAAAGGAGGAGGUCAUCGAGGGAUAGUCUAUUGAAUCUCUCUAGGUGGAAGUUAGGAACAGAAAGGGACCAAAACUCUACUAGGUGUUUUUAUAGACCACCCAAUAGUAACAGGGAUAUUGAGGAGCAGAUAGGGAGACAGAUUCUGGAAAGGUGUAAUAAUAACAGGGUUGUCAUGGUGAGAGGUUUUAAUUUCCCAAAUGUUGAUUGGCAUCUUCCUAGAGCAGGGGGUUUAGAUGCCGCGGAGUUUGUUAGGUGUGUUCAGGAAGGUUUCCUGACACAAUAUGUAGAUAAGCCUACAAAAGGAGAGGCUGUACUUGAUCUAGCAUUGCAAAUGAACCUGGUCAGGUGGCAGUUCUCACAGUGGGAGAGCAUUUUGGAGAUAGUGAUCAUAAUUCUAUUCUCUUUACCAUAGCACUGGAGAUGGAUAGGAACAGACAAGUUAGGAAAGUGUUUAAUUGGAGUAAGGGGAAAUAUGAAGCUAUCAGGCAGGAACUUGGAAGUAUAAAUUGGGAACAGAUGUUCUCAGGAAAUGUACGGCAGAAAUGUGGCAAAUGUUCAGGGGACAUUUGUGCGGGGUUCUGUGUAGGUAUGUUCCAAUGAUACAGGGCAAGGAUGGUAGGGUACAGGAACCAUGGUGUAUAAAAGCUGUUGUAAAUCUAGUUGAGAAGAAAAGAAGAGCUUACGAAAGGUUAAAAAAACUAGGUAAUGACAGAGAUCUAGAGGAUUAUAAGGCUAGCAGGAAGGAGCUUAAGAAUGAAAUUAGGAGAGCCAGAAGAGACCAUGAGAAGGCCUUGGCAAGCAGGAUUAAGGAAAACCCCAAGGCAUUCUACAAGUAUGUGAAGAGCAAGAGGAUACGGCGUGAGAGAACAAUCAAGUGUGACAGUGGAAAAGUGUAUAUGGAACCUGAGGAGACAGCGAAGGUACUUAAUGAAUACCUUGCUUCAGUAUUCACCACGGAAGAGGACCUUAGCGAUUGUUGGGAUGACGUACAGCAGACUGAAAAACUUGGGCAUAUAGACAUUAAGAAAGAGGAUAUGCUGGAGCUUUUGGAAAACAUUAAGUUGGAUAAGUCACUGAAACUGGACAAGAUGUACCCCAGGCUACUGUGGGAGGUGAGGGAGGAGAUUGCUGAUCCUCUGGCAAUAAUCUUUGCAUCAUCAAUAGGGACAGGAGAGGCUCCAGAGGAUUGGAGGGUUGCAGAUGUUGUUCCCUUAUUCAAGAAAGGGAGUAGAGAUAGCCCAGGAAAUUAUAGACCAGUGAGUCUAACUUCUGCGGUUGGUAAGCUGAUGGAAAAGAUCCUGAGAGGCAGGAUUUAUGGACAUUUGGAGAGGCAUAAUGUGAUUACGAAGAGUCAUUUCGACCAUAAACUGCUGCCACAGUACACAGUAAAAACGAAACAACGUUCCUCCAGGACCAUGGUGCUACAUGAAACAACACAAAACUACACUAGACUAAGUGAGACAACAUAAGGCUACACUAGACUACAUAAGACAACACAAAAACUACACUAGACUACAGACCUACACAGGACUACAUAAAGUGCACAAAACAGUGCAGGGCAGUACAAUAAAUAAUAAACAAGAUAUUGGCACAGUAGAGGACAAAUUACAAUAUAAUAAUAAAUGAUGUAGAUGUCAGUCUAGUCUCUGGGUAUUAAGGAGUCUGAUGGCUUUGGGGAAGAAACUUGCACAUUCUGGUCAUGACAGCCCAAAUGCUUUGGUACCUUUUGCCAGAUGACGGGAGGGAGAAGAGUUUGUAUGAGGGGUGUGUGGGGUCCUUCACAAUGCUGUUGGCUUUAUGGGUGCAGCAUGUAGUGUAAUUAUCUGUAAUGGCGGGAAGAGAGACCCCGAUGAUCUUCUCAGCUGACCUCACUAUCCGCUGCAGGGUCUUGCGAUCCGAGACGAUACAAUUUCCGAACCAGGCAGUGAUGCAGCUGCUCAGGAUGCUCUCGAUACAUCCUCUGUAGAAUGUGGUGAGGAUGGGGGGGUGGGAGAUGGACUUCUCUCAGCCUUCGCAGGAAGUAGAGACGCUACUGUGCUUUCUUGGCUAUGGAACUGGUGUUGAGGGACCAGGUGAGAUUCUCCACCAGGUGAACACCAAGAAACUUGGUGCUCUUAACGAUCUCAACAGAAGAGCCGUCAAUGUUCAGCGGAGAGUGGUCGCUCCGUGCUCUCCUGAAGUCAACAACCAUCUCUUUUAUUUUGUUCACAUUCAGAGACAGGUUGUUUGCUCUGCACCGGUCCAUUAGCUGCUGCACCUCCUCUCUGUAUGCUGACUAAUUGUUCUUGCUGAUGAGACCCACCACGGUUGUGUCAUCGGCGAACUUGAUGAUGUGAUUCAAGCUGUGUAUUGCUGCACAGUCGUGGGUCAGCAGAGUGAACAGCAGUGGACUGAGCACACAGCCCUGGGGGGCCCCCGUGCUCAGUGUGAUCGUGUUGGAGACGCUGCUCCCGAUCUGGACUGACUGAGGUCUCCCAGUCAGGAAGUCUAGGAUCCAGUUGCAGAGGGAGGUGUUCAGGCCCAGCAGUUUCAGCUUUCCAGUCAGGUGCUGAGGAAUGAUUGUGUUGAAUGCUGAACUGAAGUCUAUAAACAGCAUUCGAAUGUACAUGUCUUUUUUGUCCAGGUGGGUGAGGGUCAGCAUGGCUUUGUCAAAGGCAGGCUGUGCCUUACAACCUGAUUGAAUUUUUUGAGGAUGUGACUGAACACAUUGAUAAAGAUAGAGCAGUAGAUGUAGUUUAUAUGGAUUUCAGCAAGACAUUUGAUAAGGUAUCCCAUGCAAGGCUUAUUGAGAAAGUAAGGAGGCAUGGGAUCCAAGGAGACAUUGUUUUGUGGAUCCAGGACUGGCUUGCCCACAGAAGGCAAAGAAUGGUUGUAGAUGGAUCAUAUUCUGCAUGGAGGUCGGUCACCAGUGGUGUACCUCAGGGAUCUGUUCUGGGACCCCUUCUCUUUGUGACUUUUAUAAUGACCUGGAUGAGGAAGUGGAGGGAUAGGUUAGUAAAUUUGCUGACGACACAAAGGUUGGGGGUGUUGUGAAUAGUGUGGAGGGUUGUCAGAAGUUACAGUGGGACAUUGAUAGGAUGCAAAACUGGGCUGAGAAGUGGCAGAUGGAGUUCAACCCAGAUAAGUGUGAGGUGGUUCAUUUUGAUAGGUCAAAUAUGAUAGCAGAAUAUAGUAUUAACAGUAAGACUCCUGGAAGUGUGGAGGAUCAGAGGGAUCUUGGGGUCUGAGUCCAUAAGACACUCAAAGCUGCUGCGCAGGUUGACUGUGGUUAAGAAGGCUUACAGUGCAUUGGCCUUCAUCAACCGUGGGAUUGAGCUUAAGAGCCAAGAGGUAAUGUUACAGCUUUAGGGGACCCUGGUCAGACCCCACUUGGUGUACUGUGCUCAUUUCUGGUCACCUCACUACAGGAAGGGUGUGGAAACUAUAGAAAGGGUGCAGAGGAGAUUUACAAGGAUGUAGCCUGGAUUGGGGAGCAUGCCUUAUGAGAAUAGGUUGAGUGGACUUGGCCUUUUCUCCUUGGAGCGACAGAGGAUGAGAGGUGACCUGAUAGAGGUGUCUAAGAUGAUGAAAGGUGUAUAAGAUAAUGACAGGCAUUGAUCAUGUGGAUAGUCAGAGGCUUCUUCCCAGGACUGAAACGGCUAACAUGAGAGGGCACAGUUUUAAGGUGCUUGGAAGUAGGCACAGAGGAGAUGUCAGGGGUAAGUUCUUUUUUAAUGCAGGGAGUGGUGAGUGCGUGAAAUAGGCUGUUGGCGACAGUGGUACAGCCUGAUAUGAUAGGGCAUUUUACAAGACUCUUGGAUAGGUAUAUGGAGUUUAGAAAAAUAGAGGACCAUGGGUAACCCUAGGUAAUUUCUAAAAUAAGUACAUGUUCAGCACAGCAUCAUGGGCCGAAGGGCCUGUAUUGUGCUGUAGGUUUUCUAUGUUUCUAUGAAAGGGUUAAGGUACAAGGAGCAUUUGAUUGUUCUGGCAUGUAUUCAUAGAGAUCUUAUUUAAACCCAUUGACUAUUGAAAGGCCAAAAUAGAGCAGAUGUGAAGAGGAUGUUUCCUACAGUAGGGGAGUCUAGGACCAGAGGACACAACCUCAGAAUAUAAGGAUUCCCAUUUAGAACAGAGAUGCAGAGGAAUUUCUUUAGCCGGUAGGUGGUGUACCUGUGGAAUUCAUUGCCACGUGUAGCUAUGGAGGCCAAGUCACUGGAUAUAUUGAAAGCGGAGAGUGUUAGAUUCUUGAUUAGUCAGGGGAUCAAAGGUUAUGGGGACAAGGCAGGAGAAUGGGGUUGAGCUGAGUAAUAAAUCGGCCAUGAUGGACUGUUGGAGAAGACUCAAUGAGCUGAUUGGACUAAUUCUGCUCCUAUGUUGUAUGGUCUUGAGGUGUUGCCAGCACCAUCUUGACAAAAUUAUAACAAAGUGAAAGAAGAAAGGAAAUAUCUGUGACAUGAUGGAACCAAAAGAAACUGAAAAACAUAAGCAGUGGUGAUACUAGCUGAGAGAGGGUAAUGAAAGGAGGUGUCAACAGAAGACAAAUGAGAAGAGACGGGAGGUAAAAUACACUACAUUAUAGUUGCUGGAAAUUUUUAAUGAGAGUGAAUUGCAGGUAAGGUAACAUCUCUGUAGAGAGGAACACAGAAAAUUAACUUUUUAAAUGACAUUUCAUUGGAAAUGGCCAGUUCUGAUACAGACUAGGAAGGCUUUUUAUCAGAAACUGUUGAAUACAGGGUUAAAUUCUAAGCCCUACAAUGUGCCCAGAUGGAAGAUAAAUUACUGUUCUUCAGGCUUAUACUAAACUUCAUUGCAAAAGUGUAGCACUAAAGCUAAAAGGUCAAAGUGAGAUGCAUAAUUAAAGUGAGCAGUGGUUUCAGGGGCAGCGUCACCAUUCUCAAACAAAAGCACAAUACUGCUCUCAGGACCAAGCAAAUGAAUUCAACAAUUUCAGAUACUGCAUCAAAACUGGUCAGUUCUCAUUGAGGAUGUAAAUCUAUAAAGUUAACUCUGUUUUUCUAAAUUGCUGCCACACCAACUGAAUAUUUCCAGAGUUUACUUAUAUUUCAGGCUCCUACCAAUUCCAGUAUUUGUAUCUCAUUGAGACAACAUUCUUCUUUCUCUCUCUUCUGUAGUUAUACUUAAUUCUCUUUUGGGACAGAUGGCUGCAAUUAACAAGCUUGCACUACCCUCCUACAAGUAACACCACCACCACUAUCCUCAUUCUCAAAACAUCCCUCUCAGCAACCUAAGCCUAUUUUUAAUUCCAACUUUUCCAAGUUCUGGUUAGUGGUCAUCAACAGGAAACACUAACUCUGUCUUCUCAAGUACUGCCUGGGCUCCUGAGUAUAUGCAGCAUCUAUUUUUGUUCUAUGGUUGAAGAUUAUACUCUUUUAUUUUUGAUUCCUUCAACAUGUUUCCAACAUCAAACAUGUUGUCCACUUCUUUCUUUUUUCAGCAUUCCUUCAAGGACUUUAACUUACCUUCCAGCGUCACCAAUAUAGACUUCCCUUACUAUAUAUUGCACUGUUGUGUGUCAUCACAGCAAUGCAAUAUCUGCCCUUCAUAAAAUUAUUCUGUUCUCUCCCCUAUUCCUUCAGCCAGGCCCUUUAUCCUCUUUGUGGCUUACAGCAUCAUUCAUUUUGUCAAUAAACUCUUAUGCCUUCAGUGCUUCCUUUUCACUCUCAUUUCUCCUUUUUCUUCCUUUGUAUCUUAAACCAUACUUAGCCAUAUCAUUUCCCAAAUGAAAGGAAAUAUUAAAAUAUUAACUGCUCUUUAGUCCAUAACUUCUUCCCCUUGUACAAUUUUCCAACAUUUACUGUUCAAAUCCAUUCAACACUACCAAUCCUCCACAUCCUUCCACUAAUCUUCAAUCAUGGGAGCUGAGAGUGGGAAAGACUUCCAGAAAGUUUCUAAACAGAAAUUUCAAGAGAUAAAUCAUAAUGUUAGAUACUUCAUCUCUUUAAAAGGGUUGGUAAACUUGAACUUCUCUGAGUACAUAUUAUUUAACUUGAAAAGAUUUGCUGAUUGGAUCUUUAUACUCACCAUGCUCAGAACCACUUUACUGCGUGUGCUCACUAAGCAAUAAGUUAUAAGCCAGAAGUAAAACUAAUGACAUUUCAUGAGCAACUGCCUUCAAAGGUCAUGAUUACUUUAUUGCUGCUACAUAUUUAGGAACUGUGGGAUUAAGCAAAUAUAAUGCAUUCUCUACAGUCCCAACUCAAAACAUCAUCACAGUCCCAUUCUGUUUUUGUUCUUGAUAUCUUGAUGUCUUAUAUAGAUUUUUGUCCAUCGAAUAAUAUCCCAAAAGAAACAAACAUGUAAAAUACACAAUUGUGAAAGCUUAGUCCCAAUUACAAUCGUCAUUCAACAACAAAUUGCAUCAUUAAAAAGUGACAUGCACUCUACAUAAUGCUCUUAGAAGCGCUGGUGUUUUUUUUUUAUCUUGUGAAGAGGACUGGAA